AUGGAUGACCCCGUUGCUAUCGUGGGAAUGGCGUGUCGCUUCGCUGGGGCAUCGUCCCCUGAUGAGUUUUGGAAGAUGAUUGAGGAUGGACGGACUGGUCACUCCCGCAUCCCUAAGAGAAGCUUCGACGCAGAUGCUUGGUAUCACCCGUCACGGCAGCGACUUGGUGCAAUUUGCACCAAGUCGGGGUUUUUUAUCGAUGAUGUAUCGAGUUUUGACGCACCAUUCUUCUCCAUGACAGCCCGCGAGGCUGCAGCUAUGGAUCCGAUGCAGCGGCUUGCCCUCGAGAUAUCUUACGAGGGGUUUGAAAACGCUGGUUGGCCAAUGCAAAAGCUCUCAAAAAGCAGAACGGCGGUUUAUUGCGGUGUGAUGACAGCAGACUACCAGGAAAUCGCAGAAGGCGACAUGUUGUAUCUUGGCGACCAUGCUGCAACUGGCACAAAUAGGGCCAUUCUGUCGAACCGUAUCUCGUGGUUCUUUGACCUCAAGGGUCCCAGUUUGACGUUGGACACCGCCUGCUCGUCCGGGCUUUACGGCUUGCACCUUGCCUGCCAGGCUAUUAAAGCUAAUGAAUGUGACCAAGCAUUAAUUAUAGGCACGAACCUCAUUCUCCAUCCGAACCUGGUCGCGCAAUAUUCUUCGAUGAACAUGAUCAGCCCGGACGGAAAGAGUCAUUCAUUUGACGCAUCUGCAAAUGGAUACGGACGUGGUGAGGGUGUCGCAUGUGUGGUUUUAAAGCGUCUUCCAGAUGCGAUCCGAGACAACGAUUGUAUCCGCGCUGUAGUUCGGGGCACUGGUGUAAAUCACAGUGGAAAAACAACCAGCAUAACUAUGCCAAGCGAAACUGCGCAGAUGGAGCUCAUUUACUCCACUUAUCAAAAUGCUAGACUGCCACUGGCUGAUACCAGUUACUUCGAAGCGCACGGGACAGGUACCCCCCAAGGAGAUCCGAUAGAGAUUCGUGCAAUUGCGAAGACAAUUGGCGCUGCACGGAAGGCUAAAGGGGCACUCUACGUUGGUAGCGUCAAGCCAAACAUCGGCCAUACCGAAGGCGUGGCUGGAAUUGCAGGGGUGAUCAAGGUGAUAUUGAGUCUUGAAGCCGGGACGAUUCCGGCUGUAGCUGGUCUGGAGACUGUCAACCCAGACCUUCAUCUGUCGCAAUCAAAUUUGGAACUUCCAACUGAGAAUAUUCGAUGGCCAGACCCAGGACUUCGGCGAGCGAGCGUGAACUCGUUUGGGUUUGGUGGGGCCAAUGCCCACGCCAUCCUUGAGAAUUACUUGGAUUAUUUGGCGGCCCAGUGCCCAUUGGGCCUUUCUUCUAACCGACUCCAGCCUGUUGAAACAAGGUCCCCCCCCAGUGGUAAUUACCAUUUGCAAGGAAGCUUCCAACAACACCAUGUUUUUGCUCUUUCGGCGCGGGAGCGGAUAGGUAUUACCCGAGUUGCAUCUUCUUACGUGGUCACAGACAGCUGGACAGGUCUUUUGGAGGCCUUGGGCAAGCCGCAGACCCUUCCUGUGGAGCGCGUAUCGCCGAAAAACAAAGUUGUCUUCGUUUUUACUGGCCAAGGUGCACAACGGCCAGGAAUGGCCAAGGAGCUUCUUUCUUAUUCUGUUUUUAGGAACAGUAUCAAACAAAGUCAGCAAGUACUGGAUGACUGUGGUGCGUUGUGGCGGAUAUCCGAUCUGCUCACAUCCACAGAUACUGAAUUGAUUGGAAUACCCCAGUAUUCCCAGCCGUUAUCUACUGCCAUCCAGGUUGCGCUUGUAGAACUGCUAUCUAGCUGGGGCAUUGAGCCAGCCGCCGUGCUCGGGCACUCAUCUGGCGAAAUAGCGGCCGCAUUUGCUGCCGGGGUCUUAUCAUCCCGCGAAGCCAUUCAUAUUGCUUAUUUCCGAGGCUCUCUCUCUACAAUCGUUCCUUUCCGCGUUGGCGAAGGCAUUAUGCUCGCUGCCGGUAUGUCAGAGUCCGAAGCAGAGAUGUACCUAUCAGAUGCUGGUUACGCAGGCUCGGUUACCAUUGCAUGUAUCAAUAGUCCAUCCAGUGUGACGUUGUCGGGUGCAAAGGCAGCAAUUACUGCAGUUCACGAGGCUCUGGUUCGAGACGGCAAAUUCUCUCGAAUACUGAGAACUGGUGUAGCAUAUCACUCACCACACAUGGCUGCAAUUGCUCCAGACCUCGAGAAGAUGCUUGCUUGUUUACCCCAAAGGACCCUGGCUCCACAAAUUCCCAUGUACUCGUCUGUGGAUGAGGAAAUGGUCAGUAGUGAGGGCCUUAGCAAGGACUACUGGCUGGAGAACAUGCUGCAGCCCGUGCGAUUCGCUGGUGCGCUACGGAAUCUCAUUACCGCCUCCGGGAAACAAGGUACACAGAAUACAGAGUACAGCACGAUUCUUGAAAUUGGGCCAUCAAGUACGCUGAAAGGCCCGAUCAACCAGAUCCUAGCCACGAUCAGCCACCGCAUGACCCAACAACUUCCGUACCGAUCUGUGCUGAAGGCCGGGCAACAUGCUUGCCAGGCCGCAGUAGAAGCGGCAGGCUUUCUAUGGGCGACGGGGCAUCCCGUGAGGCUUGACUGCGUCAAUGCGAUCCGCACGGAAAAUGUCGCGCUGGACCUUCUCCCACACCUCCCAUCGUACGUUUGGAAUCACGAAAAUAGUUUCUGGCAUGAGACAACGGCCAGCCGCGCCGUGCGCCUGCGCUCACAACCUCGAAGCGACCUGCUUGGGCUUCCUGUCGAUGGACAGAACCGAUUCGAACCUAGAUGGCGAAAUAUUAUUAGCAUUUCGGAGAACCCCUGGCUUGCAGACCACAAUGUUGCCGACACCUGCUUGUACCCUGCAGCCGGCUACCUGGUCAUGGCGUUGGAAGCUGUAAGGUCCCUCACUGUGGAGUCUUCGACACUUCAGGGUGUGGAAUUCACCGACGUCACUUUCGAGGCUGGUCUGGCUCUGCCUGAAUACGGACGGGGGGAGGAAAUCUCAUUGACACUCUAUCCACAUGCGGUCAUAAAGGAUGCGUUUAACUUCAGUGUCUAUUCCCAUCCCACGGGGCAGUCGGUUCGUCGGCACGUGCAUGGGUCCGUGGCUGCCGUUUAUUGUGGUGACCAGCCGGACCAAGUUGAAGAGGAAGCGCAAAAACAAGAGUGGUCUUACUCUCGAGCCUUGCUAGAAGAGUCCCAGGAGCUUGCAACGGAGAAGAUCAACGUCCUAGAAUUCUACUCACAGCUAGCCUCCGCAGGCCUGAAGUAUGGCCCUACCUUUAGAAGUCUGCAGAGUCUGAGGGCCUUGUCAGGUUGCAACAUAGCAUGUGGCAAACUAAGCAUUCCAGACACAAAGUCUGUCAUGCCCAAGGAGUUUGAAUAUCCUCACCUUAUCCACCCAGCGACCCUGGACUGCGCAUUUCACCUCGCCUUCGCUGCAUCACAAACCAAACAAAAAAUACAACAUUUGACUGUACCUGUAUCAGUGGGACGACUCUUUAUUUCGACCGAUAUGCCUGCUGGCCCUGGAUCCACACUCCUGGGAAGAUCUUCCGCACAACAUAUGGACAAGGGUAUUUUGGCCGACAUAUUAUUUACUGAUUCGGCCUUGAGCGGGCCCAGAAUAGUUGUCGAGUCAAUGAAGAUGGAAGAUGUAGACAAAGCAUCUCUCGCAUCUGAAAAGCCAGGCCCUCCCAGGCGCUCGGCGGAAAUUGUCUGGAAAGAGGAUGUAACCCACUUCCGGGCCCAGAAUUUGAACAGCCAGGAGUGGCUUAGUUCCUGGCUCGAGUGCCUCUGGCACAAGAAUUCUCAAGCCAAUGUCUUGAUCAUUGGGGCGGAAAGCCUUUCUUCACUUGAUGUUUCUGGCUCGCCCGACCAGUGCACGAUGCUCGGAAUGAACGAAAACGGCCAAGUCUUUGAUUUCUCGGACGGCCCAGUCACUUCCACGAAGCCGGACUCUUUUUUCAAAUUCAACAUGGAAACACGUGCCAUUUAUGAUGCAGUCAUUUAUGAUGCUGGACUUUCAGCGAACACGGAAUGGCUACCGGAGACCAUGUUACGCAUUGUGAAGCCGGGCGGCAGCAUCAUAAUGUUUCGAGGUGAUGGCUCUAGUUUCAAUUUUUUGAAUAACACAUGGCUGGACACCUUGAUUGAAAGCAAGCAAUACCACCUGGUACGGAACUCAAUCCCCCAGUCACUAUGCGUGGCCACUGCCUCACCAGUCACACCUACCUGCUUGGGCGAUGCUCCGGAUAGCUGGAAAUUCGAAGGGAUCACGAUAUUGGAACACGAAAUUAGCAGACAAACCAGUUUUCAGAUUGAAUUCCGUGAAUGCCUGACCAGGUUGCUGGUAGAUGCAGGGUUUUCUGUACGUGUGGUGCAAUGGACAAAAUGUGCUUUGCUCCACGGUCAGCGUGUGAUCUCACUCCUCGAGUGCGGUGAGUCGCUUUUUUACAAUCUUUUACAGAGCGAUAUGAUGCGCUUUCGCGAGUUUAUCGCGUCUGCGCCGGGUUAUAUUCUGUGGGUAACAACAGGAGGCCCUCCCACGCCAGGCUUUACGGCCGUAAAACAUGCCCCAACCACUGGUCUACUACGAACAUUGCGUACCGAGAACCCUUUGUUGAGGCUGCCGCAACUUGAUCUUUCAGAGGAGACUAUCCGUGGUGCAGUAUUUGAAGCUGCUUCAAUCGUCAUCAAUGUUUUGUGCUCUACUCUGGAUACCAGUCCUAUGGAGACCGAGUUUAGCGAGGCUAGAGGCAAGCUGUUCAUUCCCCGCCUUGUAGACAACAAGGCAUUUGACGCGGAGCUGGAAUUAUACCAGUAUCGGUCUACCUCUUUGCCCAUGAGAUUGGACGAAAGCCAAAAAGCUCUGCGACUCAAUGUUGGCCGUCUUGGACUAGUCCAAUGGGUUCUUGUUCCAACAACUGGCACGAUGGAGAUCAAAGCUGACCAGGUGACCGUUACCACGAGGCACGCGACGAUUAUUCAUUCUCCCGGAAAUACUGGGCAUGUAUCGGAGAAAAGACUAUUUCAAUCGUGGAUGCUGGCUGAAAUAAUCGGCAUCGUUGAUAGAGUAGGCCAAAAUGUUGCCGGCAUCCACCCUGGUGACCUGGUCCUCUUCGAGUCCACGGAUAUGCGAACACGUAUCAUAAGAAACGCCUCAGAGUUUCUCAAAAUUCCGUCAAAAAUUUCUUCAUUACAAGCAGCACACUGGAUUGGACCAUUAGCCAUAUCCUAUUUGUUACUUUUGGAUUCAGUGCGUACACAGUCACAACCUGCUGAUGGAAACGAAAAAUCGCUUUCUGACACUACACGUGUCCUUGGCGAGUGCUGGCCCGUUGGAUGUAAUUUACUCCAUGGGGACAGGCCAGUACGGAGCAUACUCAUUGAUGUCCAAGAUCUUCCCUUGCGCUAUAUGCUGGUCAAAAUGGCGCAGUAUCUUCAACUAGACAUAUCUGUCAUUGUUCCACCUGGUGAGGCUACCAAGAAGAAGUCUUCAUGGUUCGCAGGAUGCAGAAUCCUUACCACAAUGUCACGCGCCAUUUCGAAGAUGGUUUUUAAAAAUAAUACGCACGGGGGCAUUGAUCUAGUUUUCUCGUCUUUGGAUAGAAUGUCCAUCGUCCCCCACAUCCUGACAAGCAUGUCCCCACGUGGCGAAUUUGUUGCUGUGGAUGCUGUCUAUGGUCAAGAGAAGGCCCUUCGAAGCCUCUCACCACGAUCAGACAUAGCUGUAGGUUGUAUUGACACAUCAAAGCUUCACGGACCUAGAUUCCGAAAGGCUCAGAUCGUCGUAUUACAACUUCUUGCCAAUGGUACCAUUUUACUCCCGCCCGAUCUACCCGAAAGGAUCGUGCAGCCCGUGUCUAACAUAGAAUUGGUCUUGAAAUCUCCGCCCUAUCCCUCACACAACUAUCGUCAUAUUAUAUCCUUUCAGCGCUCGUGUCUGAUCCCAGUCCAAUUUUCGAAGCCAAUCCCUGCCCAGUUGGCCGCAGGCGGGACCUAUAUUCUCUCCGGUGGUCUUGGAACAUUGGGUCUUAAGAUAGCCAGCUGGCUUGUCAAUGAUCAUGGUGCUCAUCAUCUUGUGUUUCUUUCACGAUCCGGGAUUCCCUCAUCAGUGUCUGCAUCUGCCCUCGAUUCUCUCAUCGAAAAAGGGUGUCGAUGCGAUGUGAUAGGUUGUGACAUUACAUCAGCUCAGGAAGUGGAGCGUUUGAGAUCGCGAAUCACCCAGAACGGCUGGAAUGUCCGUGGAAUCAUUCAGGGCGCCAUGGUGCUCGCAGACUCUGCCUUCGGGACCAUGACAGCGGAAAAAUGGGAAACUGCAUCAGCGCCUAAAAUCCGUGGUUCCUGGAAUCUACAUCAAAUAUUAGGCCAGAACCUCGACUUUUUCUUGCUUCUGUCUUCCAUAUCCGGGGUCAUUGGGAACAGUGGGCAAGCAAACUACAGCGCCGGGAACACGUUCGAGGAUGCCCUCGCGGCUCAUAGACGUGGGCUGGGUCUUCCAGCUAUCAGUCUUAAUCUCGGCCUCGUGACUGAUUCCGAAACGGUAAAUAACGUUCAAGGAACCUCGAACGUUAAAGGCUUCCUCGAAAAGUUCACACACCUUGCACCCGUAGUGGUCAGUAUACUCGAAGUCCAGGCAGCUCUGGCAGCUGCUAUCCGCGGUCGAAGUCUGAACGGCGCCGCACUCCCGUCCCAGGUCGUUGUGGGAAUUUCGGACCGUCUUCGGCAAGAAGCUCUGGGUAAUUCUGCACCCAGCCACUGGCAACUUGACCCUAAAUUUGAACAUCGUGUUGAUCGGCGAGUUGCCUCCCCCACAAUGAAUGUCGAUAAACCAGAUUACGCAGGGUUGAUCCGUGUAGCCGUCUCGACGGAGGAUGCAAGAGGAGUAAUUGAGAAUGCGCUUAGAACUAAGCUUGCUAGCGCGAUCUCUACUAAAGCUGAAAAUGUCGACACAGAAAAGCCCAUUACUGCUUACGGAAUUGAUUCAUUAAAGGCUACUGAGGUCCGCAAUUGGGUAUUGAAAGAGUUUGAGAGUCAAUUGUCAAUUUUCGAUAUUCUCAGUCCAGCACCCAUUUCUCAGUUGGCCUCGCUCAUCCUGAAAAAAUCCUUCUUGAAGGAUUCAUUCACGAAGACGACAGAGUAG